AUGAUCGACAUUAUCGGUCGCGAAAAGGAUUCUAUAAAGCAAUCAAUCGAAGCCCCUCGUCUUUCAUUGAAUCUCACCCGAGUUUCUUCCCUAUUUCAGCAUCUCUACUACUUCAUCAUCUCCCAGGAACAUGCACCAAAGCGUUUCGCCGUGGAAUCCAACUACCCCAAGAAGAUAAUCGAGUGUCGCCCUGGAGACGAGAGCGACAUAGAGGAGUACAUCCCAACUGACGAAAACGAGAAUGACACCGAACCCAUGCCACCACGAGAAGUGCAAAAUUGGAACCCAAUUAGUCCCCUCGACCCACCUUCCUUUAAGGAUGCAAAUCUUGCCCAACCACAAAUGCUAUUUGUCCUUGACUUGGACUCUUAA